CCAUCCCUCCUACCUCACUCCUUGUCCUCCCUCCUCAAGCACGCCGAGAUGUCUCCUACAGGACUCCUCAGCCUUCUCCUGCUGGUGGCGAUGACAACACAGAAAGCGGCGGCGGCAGAUGACCCCACCACCACAACCACCACCACCACCACGGAGGGCCCCGCCGCCGCCCCUAGCCUGGCCAUCAAGAAAGCCGACCUGGUUGCGGAGAUCAUGGCGGCCACCAACAACCUGCAGGACAUCCUCCCCGACAACUCCCUCACCAUCAGCGUGGAGUCCGUCGGGUUCUUCCUCCUGCUGGCGGGCGUCGUGGCCUUCCUCAUCCACUUCAUCAUCGGGUUCGGCAAGGCAGCCCCCCCGCCCCCCGCCGCUGAGCUCUACUCGUACCCAACGGGCCCUGCGACCUACUCCACCGGCGCCGCCCCUGGGAGUGGGUACGGCCCGGGGUACUCGCAGGAGGAGGCCUACAACGUGCACAGGAACUUGGAGCAGGCGGCCGCUAAGUACCAGUAAGGGCGCCAGGCAACGAGGGAGACGAGGAUGAAGUCUUAUCGUCUGGUCUUCGUGUAGUGUUCGUUCUUUUGUCUGUCUAUGUUUGCUGCUUUUGUUCUCCUUUUUAUCAUAGUCUUAUCCUCUUUUGACCUCAUUCUUUUGCUUUAUUUCAGUUUUCCUUUUUUCUUCUUCUUCUUCUUCCUCCUCCAUCACUGACCUUCUUUUAUCUGUCUAUGUUUACCGCUUUUGUUUUCCUUUUUAUCAUUGUCUUAUCCUCUUUUGACCUCAUUCUUUUGCUUUUUUUCCAGUGUUCCUUUCUUCUUCUUCCUCCAUCACUGACCUCUUCUUUUUUCUUUAUUCAGUUAUUCAUUAAUUAUUAUCCUGUUUUCAUCUAUUUAUCCCAUUUUUUCUUUCUUCUCUUUUUUCAUUUGCUCUUCUAUACCAUUCUUUCCUCUCUCUUGCUUCCUUCGUCUUUGUCCAUCUUCCUCUAUCACUCCCUUUUUUUUGCUUAUCAAUUUCUCCCUUUCUCCUCUUUCUUGUUUUAUUUUUCCUCUUAAGACUCUAUCCUCCCCUUUCUAUCACUGCAUCUUAUCUUUUUUCUCCUAUAUUCUAUCCGCUCCAUAUUUCUUACCUCAACAGAUAUAUAUUUCCUGAUUCUUUCCACUUGCUUCCUUCACUUUCCCCACUCACAGUAUUUAAAUCUCCCUCUCUUCCUCCCUUCUCUUUUCGUGGCGUCAUGAGCCUUCUCUAUCCAUUUAUGUUCGCUGUAUUUUCCUUUUGUUUCUCUCAUUCUUUGCAAGUCCGCCUGAAGUCCAUCUUUCCACUGUACUCUAUGUCUCCCUCUCGAUCUUCUUCCCUCAACAAGUGCUCCCUCUCCUCUUUAUCCUCAUCCUCUCUCCCUACAAAAACCCCACAUGCACGGUGAAGUCUUAUCAUCCUCCUCUUCCUCCUCCUCCUAUACACCUUAAGUUUACGUAUGAUAAGUGUAA